AUGGCUGUGAUAAAACAUGCGCUAAAACGAGAACUGUUUGCGCCAGCCGAUCAGCAAUUGCUUAGUCUCUGUCAUGUUUGUAAGGCUUUUAAAAAAAAAAAGACUAGCUUUUUAUGUAUCGUUAGAACAACUGACACCCCAGGCUCACUAUUGCUUUGCCAAGUUAAAAAAAAUGACAAGAAUGUCUACAAGAAAAAACAGUCCUGGCCUCUGACUGAUAUACAAAUGGUUGAUGGUGUCAAUAUUGACUCGCUGGACCUGGAAAUAUACAUCGAUAAGGUCUAUAAAUGGACAGCCACCUACGCUCAAGAAAGAACAACGUUCAUACGGAAUUUAUACACAUAUUCUUGUAGCAUGCCGCAAAGACCUGAGUUUAAAAAUAUACCCAGUGAUUGGAUGAUCGAUCCUGCAUCUCUUAAAGAAAGCGACAGCAUUAUUUUCACACCGGAUUUGUUGUCUCAACCUGUAUCUGCAGAUUAUCAACCAAUUACUGACAAGGAGGCUACGUAUCUAGCAUCGUUGAUGGCAAGUUGUGACUAUGCAGUCUCAGAUGCAGAACGUUUUAUGGAAACACUCUCUAAAGAUCUAUCGAUAUUAGAUGGGCAAAAUGUACAAUCGGUCCUAGUUUCCGAGCCUCAAGUAAUUCAAUUAAUGAAUGGUAUCGAGGCUGCUAUUACCGAAGCAUCCUUAGUAGAAUCACGUCUUGCUGUCUAUGACGAGGCACUUGGUAGAAUCAGAGAUGCAAUGGCUAGAGUUGGUCAAAAAAACCAAGCCAUUCAUACGGCUAAUCACAACGCUAGACUUCUCCUCGAACAGCUUGACGCUGUAAUUACACAACUGGAUAUACCAGCAGAACACCAACGCACAUUGAGCGAAGCAGAACUUCCAGGAGGUAGAGAAGAGCUCGGACGAGCAGGAGUAGCUUUAUUGAAAGCUACAUCUGUUCCUUUACCUCCUGGUCUUGAUAAAUUAGGAGCUGCUUCGGAACAACGUCGGCGUUUGGACAAACUUAGAGCUAAAUUCUCUUUGAUUGUAGCCAGGCAUCUGAACAAUCUAUUCAUACACUUGGGCAAUGACACAGGCGAAGCCUCAACCUCGACAACAGAUCUUACACUGCCUACGCAUCAAGCUGUACAUCGUGAACUAGAACCAUACACCGAAUUGAUGAGAUUACUCAGAGCUUUGGAUAACAAAGCAUUCACUCAAUUAACAAAAGUGUACACUGGCACCAUGAGCAAAUUAUACCAGAGAGACCUAAAGCUAUUUUUUGAGGAAGCAAAAACUCGCGUUACUAGUAAAAAACUUAAUGCCAAUACAUCGAAAUCUAGUGGACAAAAAGGGGAUGACUUGGUUAGUCCAGCGCCUCUUUGUCUCUUGGGUGGGGAGGUUUGGGCUCCUCAAGGAGAGGGAGCCCUCUUAGAUUCUGUUCUAGAUAGAGCUCUUUCUCAAUUGCAGCCUGUCUGUCUCGCUGAACAAGCUUUUUGCGUUUCGUUUUUCCAGCUUGACUCGGUUCUGUCGCCCGUGAAGGGAACUGAAGCGGACGAGACUGAUAGUAUUAGCAAUGGAGCAACAAGUCCCGGAUCAGCAAAUUCUACUGCCAGCAAAAAGUUGGAAAGACAAGUUAACGAAGAAGUUAGAGCUACAAUGGCUGCAAUAUUCCCAUCCCUUGAGCCUGAAUUGAACAAUUUUAUAUCAUAUUUGGAUAAAAUAGACAGCUUUUGGUGUUUAUAUGUACUAGUGCGGCUUUCACAGCACGUAAUGUCAGCGCAGGAUACGGGAUCUUUUCUUUCAAUGACUUUUGCAUCUGCACUUGUACAGGUGAAGAGAUCGUUUGAUAAAUUUAUGCAGGCGCAACUGCAGUCUAUCUUGCGUGACACCAAAGUCAACCGUCGAACCAAAUGUGGAAUAUUACCUUACGUUGAAAAUCUUCAACCCUUUGCCCGAACUGCAGAACGGAUAUUCAAAAAUUCUGAUAGAAAAGUCGAUCUAGAGAAGUGGUACACCAAACUCAUUGAGGCGAUGUUCGAAGCAAUUGUAAUACACAGUGGUGAACAUCAUAAAACACCACCGGAGGUCAUAAAAAUGGAAAAUUUUCAUCAUCUCUACGACCUUUUGUCCCAGUUGAAAAUUUCCGUAUUAGAUCAUGAGAGAAAAGAAGCUAAGCAAAAAUACCAUGAUGCUCUCCGAGCUUAUGUGAUUCAGUACUUUGGACGCCCACUUGAGAAAUUGAAUCUCUUUUUUGAAGGUGUACAAGCAAAGGUAGGGUCAGGUGUAAAAGAAUCCGAAAUCAGCUACCAAAUGGCAUACAGCAAACAGGAACUGCGCAGAGUUGUUAAAGAGUACCCAGCUAGAGAGGUAAAAAAAGGAUUGGAAAAUCUAUAUCGAAAGGUUGAAAAGCAUCUUUGUGAAACAGAAAAUUUACUCCAGGUUGUUUGGAGCGAAAUGCAACGUGAAUUUAUUGCUCAGUACAAAAAUAUCGAAGAGUUGAUCCAACGAUGUUACCCCGACAGCAUGGUCACCCUGGAAUUCAGUAUUCAAGAAAUAUUAGAAUUCUUUUCAGAGAUAGCAAGGUCUCACUAAAGGCACGCAUAGUCGAGUUAUGUUAUCGACACGUGGAAAAGUGUGGAACAAGUUGAUGCAUAAUAAUUAUGAUAUGAAAAUUAUGAAUACUAUAUAAAUUUUUCACUUAGAGUUGCAGAAUAAUGUAAAUAAUUAUGUAUACAUAUUGUAGAUAUUUAAAACUAUCCAGAUAAGCCUAUAAACUAACGUAUUUAAAUAUAUCAAUUAUUUCAUUAAAUGUGUGUAGUAGCUAGGUAAAAGAACCACAGUUUAAGAUUUGGCUUCACGUUUAUGAAUUUUCUUUACAGAAUGAUUGUCAAUUUUUUUCUGCUGUUACCUGACCUUGAACGCACCAAUUCUUAAGGAUUUUAAAAUACAUAGUAAUUUUCUAGCCUUAGACGAAUAAUUAGCUUUUUCUACAUGCAUAUUGGUAUUUAUCCCAGUCUGCAGUCUUACAUUAAGAGUUUGUUAUAUCUAUUAAAAAACUCUAUGAAAAGUAGGUAGUAAAAAUAACUCCGAAUAAUCGAGACAAAUACCUAUUUCAAGUUUUCCUUUUAUUCAAGAAUACAGAAUGUUAUAGUGAUUCUCGCAAAUUUACAACAGUAUAUUUGAAGUAAUACAUUACUUUACAGUUCACAGUCUACUAAUUACAAGCAACACAAUUGUUUCACUAUUUGGGGAUUGGAGGAUAGGCGUUCAGGUAGAUAAGACCAGAAAACUUGGCCUGCAAAUAAAACACUGAUUAGAAAUAAAUGUUGAGCAUUCAAAUCAUUUUAUAUAAGUUACUUAAGAGUAAUCAAUCUUCUGUAUCCAUCCUCGUUAAAUUAAAAUUUAAAAGAAAUGUAUUAUAAUUAACAUGAGUAGAAACUUUGAAACGCUACAGUGAAAUACUUACAAAUGUAACGGUUCCAAUCGUGAAACCAACACCUAUUAGAAGAUGCAAAUUAUAUUUUUUCUGCAUGGCGUCAUGAUGGGUCUGCCACGCGCCUUGUGGUACUGGCAGGUCAUUAAGUGUUGUUUGCUUGAAUUCAGCUGGCGGAUGGUACGAACGAGA